AUGGCUACCAAAAAGGGUCUUGAAAGAGCUUGUCUUGUGAGCGAGAGGGACACCAAGAAGUACUCCUUGGCCCUAGACAGGAUGAGCUGGCUUCAGAAGAAUUUAAAUGAAGACAGGCAGCAGCAGGAAGCAGAAGUUGCUGAAGCUAAUCCAGCAUAUCACUGUCACGGCUACUCACAGGCCUAUGAGAACAGAAAGAGGGAGCAGCAUCAAGCCAGGAGGAAGCUCUGUGUAGCAUCAGUAAUUUGCAUCUUCUUCAUGAUUGCUGAGAUAACAGGGGAGUAUGUGUGUGGGCAGAUCGCCGGGAGCCUGGCGGUGGUCACGGAUGCGGCACACAUCCUGGUGGACCUGACGAGUUUCUUGAUCAGCCUCUUCUCACUGUGGCUUGCCUCCAAACCUCCUACCAAACAACUAACUUUUGGGUGGCACCGAGCAGAAAUUCUGGGAGCUUUGAUGUCUAUGAUAAUUGUCUGGAUGGUGACUGGCGUGUUGAUAUAUUUGGCUAGCAUGAGGCUGCUACACCCUGAUUACGAUAUUGAUACUACAGUGAUGCUCGUUACCUCUGCUUUUGCCGUGCUCGCCAACAUCCUACUAAGCCUGAUUCUGCACCAGACCGGCCACGGGCACAGCCAUGGGGCACAAACCAGGGAACACGUGUCAGCCCCUCGAGAAAAGCCAGCUCUGAGCAAUGUCAGCCUGCGGGCAGCCUUUGUGCAUGCCGUUGGAGACCUAUUCCAGAGCAUUAGUGUGCUAAUUAGCGCACUUAUCAUCUUCUUUAAGCCAGAAUACAAAAUAGCUGACCCAAUCUGCACAUUUGUGUUUUCCAUCUUUGUUUUGGCAACUACCAUCACCAUUUUAAGGGAUAUUUUGAUUGUGCUAAUGGAAGGAACAUCAAAAGGAUUUGCUUAUGAUGAAGUGAAAGCAAGAAUUUUAGCAGUUGAGAAAGUGGAGUCUAUUCACAACCUUCAUCUUUGGUCUCUGACAAUGAAUCAAACUGCUCUGUCUGCUCACGUUGCCACAGCAGACACAACGGACAGCCAGAAGAUUUUGAGAGAUAUUACCCAAGCCCUAUUUGAGCACUACAGCUUCCACUCCAUCACUAUUCAGAUUGAAUCAGGAGAGGAUCAGAAACAAGACUGUAUCUUCUGUCAAGAGCCCAGGGACUAA